AUCUCGCCGAAGAGGAGGACGUGUAAUCAAAUGAAGGUGUAAUUUAAUGAUCUGGCACUCUUCAAAGAGCUUUUCCUCCAGGAUCCCAGCCUCUCAGAUGACAAGAGUUUGAGAUGAGAUCAUGUCUUGAAUUUGAUGCCUACGAUAUCAAUCUUUGGCCCCUGUCUCAGUUUCACCUGAAAUAGAAAUUGCAGUUGGAAGUUUGGAACCCCAUCGCCUCCUCUGAAGGCCUUUUUUUUUCCAGAGCUCAAAGAACGUCUGCUUUUCUGAAAGACUUUGCCACCGGCCGUACAGAUGCUAGGGAGUUACCAUGAAGUGUGUUCAAGUAUGAAAUCUAAGAGAUUCUAUGUUGUCAUAAGCAUAACUGCUUUCGUAGGCAUCGCUCUGUGGACGCUCUAUCAGCAAGUCAGCUCUCAUCCAGUUGACACAUGGAAUCACUACAGCGGUAAACGUCACAGGAAAAUAACCAGUUUCUCGCCGCAGAGUGAGGUAUCUGGAGGGUCAUGGCCAGUGGAAAAGCACCGCUUCCUCCCAAACUUCUUUUUACUAUGGGACAAGGAGAAGUCUCCCAGGCUCUCGUCGUACAGCGACGGUAACAUAAUAUUCCUGCAUCAUAACAAGGCAGGGGGUAUCAGCAUCAGGAAAUGCAUGCAAGCAGUUGGACCAGAGAGUGGAUUGAACGUUUCCAGGAAUGUAUUCAGCUAUCGCUACACAGCACGGGAAUUUGACUAUUGGAAGCAUGCAGCAAGGACUAAGCAGCGCAUGGGCUUGUACGGUGGGUAUUCUUUUGGAGUCUGUGACGUUAUCACGGAUGGCCGACCAUGUUCGUAUUUCACGAUGAUUCGGGAUCCGUACGACCGUGCGGUGUCCGCGUACCUCUAUUGCUCCAAGAACGCGAGCAAGGACCAGUUGUGUACUGCCCUCAGAGCAAGCGAGGUGAGCGUUGUAGACUGGGCGAUCCAUCAUGGGAGUUUCUUCUUCCGGCAGCUUGUGUUCAACCCUGCGGUCUGCAAUGGGUCCUACGACAACUCGCCGUAUCUCAGCAACUUUGAUGACUUCCCACACAAGUUCGCUAGCGACGUGAUACCAUGUUGGUUCAAACAUAAAGUCUUGCUCCAACGCAUGUUGAGCGAGAAGGAGCGAUUAGAUCUCCUAAAACAUGUCCAUGACAACCUAGAGAACUACUUCGCUGUCAUAGGCCUCCUAGAUAACUUUGAUCUCACCAUGGGGAUGCUUCAGCAUGUCUACCAUGUACCUUUCAGAGACAGGUGUUCAGAUACCCAUAAAAACCAGGGAAGGUUUCGGAAAAGGCGCCAAAAGAUUGAAGCCGACCUUCUGGUUGCAAAGCUUAAGCGGGAACUGUUGGCGGACCCUCGUGUUAAUGCAUCGUUGCAUGCCGACCUUGUCUUGUAUGAGAAAGCCAAACAAAUAUUCAACAGACAAAAGGAAGUCUUUAAAUACCUCACAAAAACAACCUCAUGAUUUCUUUCUUUAUCUGUCCCUUUUUUCGUGGACAAAAUAAAUCUUUACUAACCUAAACUAUUGUACAUUUGUUUAUUGCAUUCAUUUGAAAUUAUGACAAAUGAGUAAAUUAUUUCAUCAAUUUCUGUAUGUCCCCAAUAGACUCCCAUCUUUAGGGGAUGAGCCAAACUUAGUCAUUGGGUAGAUAUGAUAUUCCUAUUUGCAUUCAUUUGCAUAAUUCUUAAAAUUUAUUGAAAUUUGAUUAAAAUAAACAAAAUAUUGAAAUGAUUUGUUUAUGAUGCAAUCAUUAAGACAGGAGAUUAGAGACAAAAUUAUGUUAUAUAUUCUCAGUAUUCUAAUCGUUCUUGUUGCUUCAAAUUCCUCCUUUUCCUUUACUUAUUUUCCUUUUAUUUUUACCAUCCAAAGAGUGGGGUAUGGGAUGGGGGGGUAAGGUGUUUGUCUUCUCAUUUUAUAAAUGAAGAAGCUGUGCCAUCGUGUUUCUCAUAUUGAGAAGAAAUACCAGAGGCAUUGUUUAGAAUCACAUGAUUCAUCAAAUUCCUUUUGUGUCCGAUAACGAGUACCAAAUUAAUCACGUGUAUAGAAUUCUGAGGAGGAUUGUUGUUGUUGUGUUGUUCAUGCUGUAUGCUUAAUGCAUGCAAGUGAUGAUGAAUAUGGAUGGUAUUGUUGUCGUAAUCAAAAUGGUUGUAAUAUUGAUGUUCUUUGUACUAGACUAGUGUACAUGUAUGUGCAUGUUCUUUUAAAUGUCAUGAGCAGUUUUUAUGAAGUUGUAAGUACUAGAUCUUGGGAAUUCUAACACAAAAAGACCCAAGAUUACUAUGACAAGUAAUUUGUAAGGCAAACUCACGCAAUUGAAUUCUCUCAAGAUUAUGACAAUUCAACCAAGAAUAUUUUGACCCCCUCCCCUUGAGAUUGUGUGCAUAUGUGGAGGAUUCAGCUUGUAUUAUGCAUACUCCUAAUUUAAAUUUAUGGUGUCUAAUGAAGACUAUUAAGGAAGUGUCAUUCUCUAUUGAAUAGUAGAUCAUAUAAUUGAUCAAGUGAUUUUCGCGAAAUAAGAUGUUGCAAUAGAUCUUCAUCCUUAUUUUUUGUUCAAUCUAUUAAGCAGUUUGUAUGACCUGUGUAUUAGAAUGCCAGUAUUGUUCCUCAAAAUACAUGUAUGUCCCUUUUAUUCCUUUUUAUUUAUUCAUUUAUUUUAUUUAUUUAUUGCAUUUUUUUCGAGGGGGGAGAAAUCUUCAUUUGUAUUAGAAUAUCAGUAUUGCUGCCCAAAAUAUGUUACCUUUCUUUGUAGAUUUUGAAGCAUUUUUAGACUAUUGACACUUCCUUUAAAAUAUUGAAUUCAUGUGCAGUACUAUUAUUGCUCAUCCGUUUGUAGUUUUGUACUAUGUUAUAGCUUUGCUGCCAGUUGCUGUAAAUAAUGAAUACCCCAUGUACACUUUGGGCUGUUUACAUGAAGGUUUCUGGACUAUAAUAUUGAAAUAAUUAUUUUUUAUUAUUUUAUUUUCACGAUUUUAUCACCAUGUCAGAUGAUGAUUUAUAUUUGCCAGUAUUUUUCCUGUAUUCAGUUUCCAUUAUCUUGUCUGGGUUUAUAUGUCAGGGAAACAAUUUUUGCAACUCAUGUAACAAAACAUCUCCAUUUGCAGUAAUUGGCGGGUAUGAAAUUCUGGCUGGCUCAUGAUAGUUGACUAUACCGUAAAGGAAACCUGAAUUUGUCCUUCAACAACAUUCAAAUUUCAACUUCAGUUAUGGAAGGACCCCAACAAUCCCAAAACAACAAACAACAACAACUAGAACUAUUUCUUGCAUUUUCUUCUCUUUGCGCUAGUUAUUAAGAAGACAUUGGCAAAUAUAAUGUGUUUUUUUUUCAUUAAGAUUAAUUUUUAAGAAAGCAAAUGACACAGGAUGGAUCUGUUGUACUUUUGCUCACUAAUGCAUUUGGGGUCAAAACUGAUGAGAAAUGAAACAUUUGCAUAUUGUUGGAAUUUCAUCUUGCACUUGCAUUUCAAGUCAAAAGUGACCAUUAUAUGAAUUGGGCUGAUUUCAGAAAUGAACUAGAAUUCAUCAGAAAUCAUGAGCAGAAUAUCAGAUGAUUUUGCUGAUAUAUUUUCAUUUUAAAGGACUAUAAUUUUGACAGUAUAAUUUUCUCUUUUUUUCUUCAAAUCAAUACUUUCCAGUGCCAGUAUUUGAAUGGAAGUCCUCCCUGAAUUUAAGUUGGUUUUAAUUUGAUAAAAUCAUUAAAAAUGAGAAAACUAUAUCAAUGAAAUCUGACUAAAAUCUUUUAAAGAAUAAUAGUCAUUAUAUAAAGAAUAUAAUAAUUCUACUGUUUUUUUGAUAGAUUUUCAUUGAACCUUGGUUGAUGGAUUUUUCAUAUUUUCUGUAUUUCUUAAAGCCAAAUAAAUGUCAAGGUUGAUUUCCUUAUAGUGCUAUAUUUUCCUAGUGUGUAAAUACUUAUGAUGUUACAUACAGCCAGUGCAUGUGUCAAAAUCAAGUAUUAUUAUGAAAUAUAUUCAAAUUAGACAGAAUGUCUUCAGUAUUGUGAUUGAAAUCUCUGAUAUAUUAAAACAAAUAGCUGUUUGUACAUCUUGACUGUGGAUGUAUUUCAAAUAUUCAAUUUCUUGUCAUAUUCCUCAAAUUUAUGGACAUUUGUUCUGAAGAUGAAGAAAGUAAUUUGCAUUUAUUGAUGAAAUGAUUAUAUGUUUUGGAAUUUGGAGGGUAUGUAUUAAAGGAAGUGAAUAGUCAGAGGUUUGUACUGGUAAAUGUAGUACAUGUAUGCUACUAAAAUGAUUGCAUCUGAUUGUCUUAAAGCUAAUUUAUUUAUUGAAAAAUCCUGACAUGUUUCAUGAAGCCCUUUGUCACUAGGUUAAAAAACAGCAUGCACUAAAAAAAAAACCACUGAUAUAUACACAUAUCUGCAGCCAUUUUAGAAAUUGUCUUAAUAAGUCCCUCAAGUGAUAAAUUCUCUAUCUUUUUUAACACUUCAUGAGCACUUGAUAGAUAUAUCAUAUUUAUAUGCAUGUAUGCUUUCAUAUUAGAUUAGUAAAAGAGUCAUAUUGAAAGU